AUGGCCACACAUCCGGCCCUCGUCACCAUCAGCUUCCGGCAACCAGGCACCCAGCCUCCCGUUUUCGUGGCGGGAUCUUUCUCAGACCCUCCCUGGCAGCUGCGCCAGAUGCAGUGCACCAGGCUCGACGCCGGGGAGAAUCAUUUCACCGUCCAAGUGCCGGUCCAGCCUGGCCAGGAAUACGCCUACAAGUUCAAGGUCGGGGAUGGUAGCGACUGGGUCCUAGACAAGCACGCGAGUAUCUCCACGCAAAGUGACGGAAGCGAGGCCAAUGUCCUCAAGGUGCCGGGCGUCACCGACACAUCGACCGGCUCGCUUCAGGCACCACUCGAGGCCACCGAGAGGAAGGGGGGCUCAUCACCCCAUCCAGGCUUGCGAGGCACACUUGCGGGCUCCUCGUCCGGCCCAGCCAAAUCGCACCUCUCUAAGACGCUGAAUGUCGAAACGCAAGCACAGCGCGAAGGAUCCCGAACCCCAAUCGAAAUUGUAGCGAAAACGGCAGCCGAGGUCGCAGACACUGCCGCCCAGCUUGACGACCUGGAGUCCACUGCGCCGGAUGGCUCUGGCACGACCCAAGGCCAAGGCGAUUUGGCCGGAGACGAUGGUGCUGACCUCAAAACACCCCUUUUCGCGCACGAAUGUUUUGGAGCGUACGAGUUUGUCGACGAUGGGCUUGACCAUCACGAGGUGUCGGACAAGGUCCCCAAGAGCAUGGACCACGGACUGUCACUGAGCGACUAUGAGACGGACAGAAUCGAUCCUGGUGACCCGACGCUUGAGCGGUUUCCCUCCGACAAGUCUUCGGUUAUGGACACGCUGCGCAAGAUUCAGUCCUGCACCGACGAACACCGACUCCAUCUCGAGGACCUGUCGAUAGAUCCCCGUGCUUCCCGCCGUACCAGCGUCGACUCGUCGGACGAGACUGCCUCGAUGGGGUCGCUGAGCCCGACGUCGACGCGCAGGAGGGAAAAUCGGCUGUCUCACAGCAGCUUUGGCCACACCAAGUCUGCAUUGUCCUUGGGAUCUAUCGCGGAGGAGCCAAAAACAGGAGAAAACGGCUCGAGCAAAUCGCAACACGUACAAAAGGCAAUGGGCCUGGCAGUAUACGACCAAGCAGUAACGCCUCCGACCGACGAUGAUGAAGCAUUGACAAUGAAAGUCUGA